AUGAGGUUACUUUCCCAUGCUCUGCUUUCAGUAUGCCUGUUGACUUUGCAAGUCCAGGCACGGGCAGUCUUCGCCCAUUUCAUGGUUUCCAACACUUUGAACUACACUGUGGAUGACUGGGAGAAUGAUAUGAGCCUGGCCAACAAGGCUAAGAUUGAUGCCUUCGCGCUGAAUAUCGCAGCUGGCGAAACCACAAACGGCGCGUCGGUGGGAAAUGCCUUCCUCGCAGCACAGAACUAUGGUUUCUCUCUCUUCUUCUCUUUCGACUACGCUGGCAACGGAGCUUGGGCGGAGGCGGACGUAAUUGAUUUAAUUACUACCUAUGCAAGCUCCGGUGUCUACUUCCAACACAACGGCAAACCACUAGUCUCCACCUUUGAGGGUCCAGGUAACGCCGAAGACUGGGUUAACAUCAAAAAAGAAACGGGUUGUUUUUUUGUUCCUGAUUGGUCUUCUGUGGGAGCACAGGCGGCAGUUGGCCUUGCGAGUGGUGUGGCCGAUGGUCUUUUCAGCUGGGCCGCAUGGCCGUAUGGACCAAAUGACAUGAACACUUAUAUCGAUGCCUCCUAUAUCGACUUCCUGGAUGGCAAGCCAUACAUGAUGCCUGUAUCUCCUUGGUUCUUCACCAACAUGCCCGGAUAUGACAAGAACUGGCUGUGGCGAGGUGACGAUCUUUGGUAUGAUCGAUGGGAACAAGCCAUGUUUCUGGCCCCCGAGUUCAUUGAGAUUAUCUCCUGGAAUGACUUUGGCGAGUCUCACUAUAUUGGGCCAAUUCAGGCCGCAGAUUCGGAUCUAGCAGAUUCUACCUACACUGCUUUCGAGACCGGUCAAGCCCCUUACAACUACGUUCUCGAUAUGCCGCACGACGGGUGGCGUGCGUUUUUGCCAUGGCUUAUCGAAACCUACAAAAGCAAUGUCUCCACCAUUGAUCAGGAGGGCGUCCAAGGCUGGUAUCGACUCAAUGCUGCUGGUAAUUGUGUACUGGACGGCGGCACCACAGGCAACACAGUCAGCCAACUUCAAUUGGAAUACUUUCCAUAUGAAAUCCCGCAAAACAAGAUCUUUUUCUCUGCCCUCCUUGGGUCUUCAGCGGAUAUCGCGGUGACAAUCGGCGGUAAAGCUCUGGAUGCAGAGUGGGACACUAUCCCCAGUGGAGGCGCCGGUAUUUAUCAUGGGAGUGUGAAGUUCGUGGAUGAAUAUGGAGCGGUGGAAAUUGAAAUAUCCAGAGGAGGCAGCAAGAUUGCCGGGUUCACUGGUACAGAAAUCGCCGGAUUGUGCGCAACCCCCGGCUACAUUGAAAAUUGGAAUUCCUGGGUUGGCAGUGCCAUGUCCUCCGAAUCAAUCAGUGUCACGCCAGAAUACUCUCUCUCAGACGAGGUCUGUGUCGAAGGGUGGGGAGUCGGUAAUUUUGAAGGAUUAUGCUCCUUCACUUGUGGUCUGGGCUACUGUCCAGUUGGGGCCUGUCUCUGCAAAAAGAUGGGCCCUCAGCCUACCCUCCCCGACAGUCUUGGGGUAGUGGGCUACGCAGCCGCAGGGGAAACCAGCGAUUACAGUGGACUCUGUGCAUUUGCCUGCAACUAUGGCUAUUGUCCGACUUCAGCUUGUGGCACAACCGAAGUUGCUCUCAUAACCACGACAGUCUCACCUUUCACUCCGGACACCUGUACUGGAGGAGAGGGCGAUGAAGAUCUCGCUGGUCUUUGCAGCUAUAGCUGCAAUUUUGGGUUCUGCCCAAUUCACAAUUGUACUUGCUUGUCGACUGGACCGUUAAAUGUUCCCCCCGCCGCAAACACCAGUAUAUUUGGAUAUUACAACGGUGGUGCAACGGACAGCGGUCUCUGUAAUUUUGCGUGUGAGCGGGGCUACUGUCCUUCCCCCACUUGCAUGGACAGUGAAGACGCCGAGGAUGAUGAGCUUGCUUGUACGGAUGGUGAUACUCGUACAAUCUGCGAUGAUGACUACGAUCCAUGUGACUACAGCCUCUCGUUCUCCAGCUUCAGCGAUCUCAGUGAUGUUUCAGAUGAUUACAGUGCUAUGUGCAUCAACUACUACACCCUGGGCGUUUUAUCAAAUAUGCUGAGCGCAACAUUGACGAACUAUACGACCAUGAAUGGCAGUUACCACUCGAAGUUCGAAGAAUAUGUCGAAUACGUGGAGUCGGAGGUACCUACCGUCCUGGACGCUCUCAUGGAACCUAGUGGAGAUGGAAAUGUCUAUUUCGAUUGCACAUUCAGCGCAGGUGGAGUUACGAAUACUUCUACCACAGUCUGCCCAUAUGAUGUCGAUCUAACACCGGAUGUGGAUAUUGACAGUGUGAUCUACUACACACCGAUCAAUGCGACUGCUUGGUGGGACUUUUUGCUAUCGGAUUAUGGCAUCGAGCAAAGCUGGGUUCAGCUUACCGACCACAUCAUCCAAAACCAUUGCUCAAGUACUCUGAAACCCAAUCAACAGGUGUGCCACACUCAAAAGUACACCUGGAAAGGUUAUCCCGAGGCUGCAGACAACAUUGUGGUUUCUGACCCAGCAACCAUCAUCCAAUCCACGUUGCCCCAUAUUCAAGAUCUCACCGAUACCAUUUCACUGACGCAAAUCUUGAUCGCCACUGGUGCAUGGGCUGGUGCAAUUGAUGACGUGGUACUGAGUGUCUCCACAGCAGUCUUCACGAUGGUACAAGCAGUUGCAAACAUGGCUGAGAUCGAGAAGAUCGCUGAUGAAUAUGAGGAGGAAAAGAAGAAGCAGCUAAUCGAGGUAAUCAUCAUGGCUUUGUUCCUCGUCGUUCCUUUCUUGGGCGAAGUCGAUGCUAUUUCCGAGAGCUUGGCAGGCUUAGGCAACAUCAUUAGAAUGGUUGGUGACGCCAGUAUGCUGGCUGAUAGCAUCUACGACGUCGCGACUGCCCCUGAUACUCAAGAUGCCAUUAUGGGGAUUUUCGGCACCUUGCUUCUAGGUGGAAUGCGUACAGCCGAGGAGUUCAGCAAAAUGGCUGAGCUGCGAAAGGGUCUUACCGCCGAGGACAUUACGAAAAUAGGAUCAGAGUGGGAGGCGGCUGACACUGACAUGAAAAGUUUGAUUGAUGUUUGUUACUAA